AUGUCUUUUCCGAAUGCCACUUAUACCUUGUCAACGAAAGUGAACGUUACCGGGACGACACGCGCACCAGGAGAUCCAAACCAAUUCUUGUUACCAUGGUGGCAACAGACCAUAUUCUUCAUUGCCUUCGCAGGUAUUCUGCUGAUUUCUGCCGGCGGCAACCUUGUGGUAAUCUGGAUUGUUUUGGCCCACAAACGCAUGCGGACGGUCACCAACUAUUUCCUUAUCAACCUGGCGUUUGCGGAUUUCCUCAUCUCUCAAUUAAAUCUACCAUUUACGUUUCUAUACUUGUUGUAUCAAGACUGGUGGUUUGGAACGUUCUUCUGCAAGCUAUCGUGUUUUAUAUCCCCGUGUACCAUCUCAGCAAGUGUCCUCACCUUUAUGGCCAUCGCUGUUGACAGAUACAUUGCCAUUCUAUAUCCCCUUCGACCACGCAUGCCAAAACGCCACGUGAUCGUGGCUAUAAUCUUCAUCUGGCUUUUCUCCAUCGCAUUGGCAUUGCCGAACCUAAUUUACUUUGAAACGGCGACUUAUCUUGCUGGUACGGUCUGCUUUAUCACCUGGCCAUUAGAAACGGAUCUAGCGUACAACUAUAUUCUUCUCGUGCUGAACUACCUGUUACCGUUGCUAACGCUGGUCUCCGCCUACUCGCGCGUUGGUAUGGAGCUUUGGGGAAGCAGGGCUAUCGGGGAGGAGACGUCAAUCCAGACGGAGAUGGUCAAAUCAAAACGAAAGGUGGUUAAAAUGAUGAUCGUGGUGGUUCUGAUAUUUGGUAUAUGCUGGUUACCAAUGCACGUAUACUAUCUGCUGACCAGCCACUACAGGUCUAUAACCGAAUACAAAUACAUCCAACAGAUCUACAUAAUCAUCUAUCUGAUGGCCAUGAGUAACUCCAUGUAUAACCCGAUAAUCUAUGGAUGGAUGAAUUCUAGAUUCCGGGAGGGGUUCAUUCACGCGUUCUGCUGGUGUCCGUGUCGCCGUUGCAAGAGGUCAAGGACCAAGCUCCGCUUGCGCCGCACGCUCUUCCCAACCGCGGCGAGAGCUGAAAAAUAUGGCUCUGAUCGAAACGGUUCUUUGAUGCACACGUUGACGGAAUACGUAGACACGGAAUCCAGCUGCACUCGACGCAGCAACCAAUGUCAUAGCACCCUCCGCCGAGGAUCACCUAGACGGACAGAGAACGCGUUGUGAAGGACCUGACAGCGAAAGUGAAUAUUAUUAUUAUAUUUAUAGCUCGCGAACAUAUCAGGUUUGUGUUGGAGAUUCAUCCCCCACGCUCCGCAAAUAUGUAUUUGUUGCUAAGACACAUGAUGAAGAACUAAAUGUUAUUUUUAAACAAAAACGAAUAUUUAAACUUUCAUUAAAUGUUCUAUAAAAUUGUUAACGAUGCUGCCACGCUUAUUGAUUUGCCUUCGAAUGAACACUAUAAUUGUUUAUCAAAUUGAUGAGUUAUGUGUGAGCAUAGCUUGAAAACUUGAAAAUAUGUUACGCAAUUAAAUUAAUGAUAAUUUAAUGGGCAUGUUUAGAUACUGCAUACAGCGCACAUUUUACCAACAUUCUGGUGCACAUCAUAAUUACAGAGUUGUACAUAUAAUUU